UUCCAAGUGUGUGAACGCCCCACAGACUCCGCCUUUCAUCACUGUCCUCUCGUUAAUAGUUAAUAGUUUGGGUGCCUAAGGGUGUCAACAGUGAAGUUUGACUCCCAGUCCAGUAGUCAGGUCGACGGCCCUGCGAGCAGGUCUCUCUGCUCUCCUCCCGGUGUUACUUUUUCGGUUCAGGUGGACGCUCUGCAUCUCCGCUGUCAGUAUGUCUCCGUCCACGUCCCCCCAGUUUUUCACGGAGAAGGAAGUCGCCCGCAACUGCACCAAGGACUCCUGCUGGGUGCUGCUGGGGACCAGGGUGUACGAUGUAACCUCUUUCUUGCGGAUGCACCCCGGCGGGGAGGCGCUGAUACUUCAGCGGUCAGGCAAGGACGUGAGCCGGGAGAUGGAAGGACCCCCACACCGGCACUCGGAGAACGCCAGGCGGUGGAUGGAGCAGUACUACAUCGGGGAGCUGGACAGCGACAACGGCACCGACGAAGCACAGACUCUGAGAGAGAGGAGGAAGGCCAAUGAUAAGACAGUAGAAAAGAUGGCAGAAAAGACGACAGACAAGAAGAUGAAAGAGGAGGAUGAGAAUGCCCCAUAUAACCGCUGCAGCCCUGUGGACCUGGACAAGGAUUUGGUGGACUGGCGGAAGCCGCUGGCAUGGCAGGUGGGCCACCUCAGAGAGAAAUAUGACGCGUGGGUUCACCAGCCAGUCGACAGACCAAUCAGACUGUUUGGAAACCCCUUCCUGGAGGCCAGCACCAAGACUUCAUGGUACUGGGUGCCAAUGGUUUGGGUUCCUGUUGUGCUUUAUUUCACUUGGCACUGCUACACCACCCUGGCUAAGGGCACCACCAGGAUAGAACUCACUUCAAACUUCUCUAUCCCGAUCCGUGAGCACUUUUUCCCGCUGCUCUUUUUGUUGGGCUGGUUCUUGUGGUCAUUGGUCGAGUACUGCAUCCAUCGCUUUGUCUUUCACAUGAAACCUCCAGCUCAUAACUACUACCUCAUCACUCUGCACUUCCUCCUGCAUGGACAGCAUCACAAGUCUCCGUUUGACGGCUCUCGGCUGGUCUUCCCCCCCGGCCUGGCCUCCUUAAUGGUGGGAAGUUUCUAUCUGUUCCUCUGCAGCACGCUGCCAGUCAUCGUCGGGACAUCAGUGUUUGUUGGAGGACUGUGUGGCUACGUGGUGUAUGAUAUGAUCCAUUACUACCUUCACUACGGCUCACCAAAGAGAGGCUCGUAUAUGUACAACCUGAAGGCCUACCACGUCAAACACCACUUCGAGCACCAGAGAGCAGGUUUUGGAAUCACCACCACGUUCUGGGACCACCCCUUCAACACAGUCAUCCCUGAUGAGAAAUUCUAACGCAGAAAUGGCUCUCCUGUAGGGCCAUAGGACUUAUCAAUCCUCCUGAGCAACCAUCCCACAUCCUAUUAGCAAACAAUACAAAGUAGGAGGUUCCACUCCUGCUGACCCCUUUGCCAUUGCAACUAAUUCAUACACCCAUACUAUAUCACAUAUCAUCCUGCUUUUUUAUUCCAGCCAACAACACAUUUUUGCGUUUUGUGUAUUUGUGGACCAGUCCACACUGUUUCCACACUGUGAUCAUUGCUGCACAGUUGUAAGGCCUUUUUGUGCCAUUUUUAUAACCAAACCAACAUUUACUACUGCUGUGCUCCUCACAGCACUUACCUCACCCGCCAAAUCAUCACCUGAUACCCAUUCAUGUACAGCUAGGAGGUGGGCUAUGGAGAAAAACACGCACACCUACAAGCAGAAGCACAUGGAUGGUUGUGGUUAAAUUGAAUUUGAAGGAAUUACAUGAUUUCUUUGUUGCUGUAGAAUACUGCACAUUCAAAACUCAAAAACUGGUUAACCAACUCAGGAAAGAAAUAUCCUAAUCCUUCCUCCACAUUAGCUCAUCACUGCAUCUCUUUUUGCCGUCGAUCCCUAAGCUAUCCAUACACGCUGCUACACUCUGUUGCACUGCAGGUUUGUCAACAGAAGUUCCCUCCACCAUGUUUGGCCUUACUGUAGUUUUUAAACAGCUGUGAACCAAUAACAUUUGAUUUUAGAUAGUUGAACAUGCUGCGAUUUAUUUGGCCAUUUAGAUUUCAUUUAUUAUCAGCAAAGCUGCAGAUAUGAAAGUAUACUGUAGGGCACUAAUGCAAUGUACUGUUGAUGUCAUGUGAAGCAGAGCCUGAAAUGUGGAGAUAUAUUUUUGCGAGUCUUUUGUAAUAUUUCCUCCAUCUUCUUUUCUUUUUGUCAUUAAUGAUACAACAAAGAUGUAGAAAAAUAUUUUGUAAGAUGCUUUAUACAGAAGAGGAGAUUCUUUUUUCACCAGCUUUUGUCAGAGAGAGCAGAUAUUUUCUUAUUGGUUAGACAUUAUGAAAAGACAUGUAGAUGUAAAGAUGGAUAGAUGUAGAGCGUUUGAGGGACAUAGUUAAAGGCAUGAUGCCAGCCUGUCAGACUUCCUGCUGUGGGGACCAUGGGGUCAAAGGUAACAGGGUUUAUUUUCACCAGACCCCCCUCCAGGUCUCUUUCCAUUCUAUUAAAGCCAGUGUUUUUAGUGGCCCUGCAGAUCCCCGCAGGAUGACGAUGGAUCAGCCAUCUGACUGGACAGCAGCAGUUCUUGAUAGUGAUUUGCGGAUCCUUAAAAUGUCUCUUGUAAACACUCGACAACUACACUUAUAACUGCAGAAGUUACUUAAUUAAAACCAUGUAUAUUAAUAUGUAGAGCACAGUGGGAAUAUACUACAACUGCAGAAAAUCAUUUUUUUAUCCCCUUUUCUAGUUUGAAGAAAGACUCUGCUACAUAAUAUGUAUGUACAUACACUCUCAAAUAUGUGAAAUAACAUGAAGACUAUUUUAAUAAUAAUGAUCUAAGAAUAGUAAAAUAAUAAUGCACUAAAAUUGUUUUAUUUGCAAAUCUUUUUUUUUUCUCGUAAUAAUCAGUGCUGCAAUAACAAUUAUGUCUUCAGGUAAACCUAAAGAGGACUACGUCACCAAAAUUCUUUCUGAUAAAAAACAGUUGAAUAGGUUUCACCAGGCCUUGCAGGAUUGCGCUACAAUUGCACCAAAAUGUCAAACAUGGUUUAUAUAAAACCAUAACACUGUCUGUCUAACACUGUCCAGUUGAUAUGAAUGUUUAAAGCAUCAUGAAA